AUGCUGACUACAUAUAAUGUGCUUUGGAAAAAAGAAGACGAAAAUGCCAAACUCGAAAAAAGGAGUAAAGGUAUAAAUACUUGUGAAAUAAAAGAUAAAAAAGAAACAGAAUGUUAUAUAUCUGAUUAUGAAGAAUUAAUAAAUGAUAUAGAAGAUUUAAUAGAAGAACAACAAAUUAAUGAAACUGAAAAAUUAUAUAAAGAAUCUAAAGCCCCUAAUGAAAAAUUUAAUAAAAAAAAUAAAUUAAGUAUAACUGAUUUAUCUGCUCAAUUAUGGUGUGAGCAACAAUUAGAAUUAGUUUUAACGACAGGUAAAAGAAAAGAAACUGAAGCUAUGAAGUUAGGUAUAAAAAGACAUGAAGUAUUAGAAAAAGAAGAUCAUAUAAUUAUAGAUGUUGAAGUAAAUACAAGAGAAGAAUCGUUAGGUUAUCGUUUGUUAAAUACUAUUAUACUUUUAGGACAAUUAUAUGAAUGCAAAAAAGCAAGAGAAAUAUGGGUAUUUGGUAUAGUUCGAAAUUAUGUACUUAGAGGGAUUAUUGAUGAACUUCGAAUUGAAUAUGAUAGGGUUUCUAAAAGAGAAUAUUUAAUAAUAUCCGAUACGAAAACAAGAAAAGAAAAAAAAGAACCAAGUUUAGCACAAAAAAAAACUUCAGCCAUACAAGUACAAACAUAUUGUUUAUUAUUACAACAUUUAAAAUGUGGAAAAACUGAUUAUCAAAAAUUAUUCGAAAUUUAUGAAUGCGAUCCAAAUUUUGAAUUCACUGAUCCAAAUUUAGUCAAAUAUAAGAAUUUAAAAAAUUUAGCUAAAGAAGUUAAUAAAUUAUUUUUAAAAUUACCAAAAAUUAAAGAAGAAAUGGAAAUUGUUUAUGAGCAUCAAGGUGUUGAAUUUUCAAGAAAUCACAUCCCUUAUUUUUAUGAUUCAACAUUAUAUACAAUUAAUAUUCUUUUAGAUUAUUGGGAUGGUAAACGAUCUUCUGAUGUCGUAGAAGAUUCUGAUAAAUGGAAAUGUAAAUUUUGUGAUUUUGUCAAAAAUUGUGUUCGAUGUCCAUUAGAAAGUUAA